AUGCUGCUGACGCGCCUGUGCCUGUUGUCCUACCGCUGGCUCGCCGUGGCUCUAGCCAUCCUCCUCGCCUCCUCCACCGUCACCCUCGCUCACAGCACAACUGUUGAGCACGACUUCCACAUCGUGCACAACGUCGACAACAGAAGUCCAGAGAUAGACCCCUUCUGGUACGUGGGCCGAGGGGUCCGUCCCAUCGGGCGCUUCGGGAAGCGGCACAGCGGCUUGGUGUCGCUGGCCGGCCGCUCCCUGGAGCCCGUGCUCAGCUCCCUGGAGCUCCUCCUCAACACGCUACGCAACAAGGACGACCCUGGGAAAUCACGCAUGGAGCAGGGCCGGGAUUGGCUCCCUUGA